CAUCCAAACCGAAGCGAGCCGAAGAGAUUACCUGUAAAAUCCAAUAAUAAUAACAGGUGAGAGUCGGACAUUUUCAAAAUGGAGCAAGGGACAGUGGCUAUGUUUUGUUUGUGUUUCGCCAUAUUUUGUAUGGUGAUAGCAUUUGCCAGUCCAUACUGGGUGGAGAGUUUCGAUAAAGCGCACAACCCGUUCGUGAAAUGUGGCCUGUGGGAGUUUUGUUUCAAUGACUACACGUUUUGGAAGGAUUACAACGGAAAGCGUUUCCUCGGUUGUUGGUACGUCUUCUCCGAGCAGUACAGAUCUCUCUGGGAAUGGAUUUCACCACCGUGGUUCAUUGUGUGCCAGGUCCUGAUCAGCGUGUCCUUGCUGUUCAUGUCUGUGACCUGCCUCAUAGCCACCCUGGCCUACUGGCGCUGCCUGUCCAUGAACCUCAAGAGCAUGGUCUACAAGGGAGCGGCCAUUAUCUGUUCAGUGUGCACAAUUUGUACGCUUGUGGCCCUGAUUGUCAUGGGGGCUAAGAAGGAGGACCGAGGCUGGAUGCCACGCCCAGACCAGAACUACCUGUCGUGGUCGUACGGACUCGCCUGCAUCUCCGCUUUCUUCAACCUCUUUGGAGCGGUGGUGUUCCUCAAGGCUUCCAGUGCCGACACCAAGCCAUCAUAUUAAGGAUUGACUAAGUUGAAAGACUCUUGACAAAUUCCAUUGCAAAUGAGUUUGUCGAAAUAAGCCUGAUUGCAAAUACUUUAAGCCUGUUUACAGAGGAAUUGAAGACCUUUUUAAAAAAUAUGUAAUUUAUUGAUGUGUUAGUCAAAAUUAACUGUUCUAACUCAUAAGGCACAUAACCAGUUUCUAGAAGAAUGGACAUUUUGAAAUAAAUUUUACCUUCUCAAGCAAUAGUAAAAGAAGGGCUUACUUGAACUUGCUGCUAAUUUCAAUGAGUUUUGACUUUUAGCAGGCAUGUAACUAGUAUAUGAGAGUUGAAAAAGUGUUUGUAAAAUGCCGUCAUUUGUGACUUGGUAAAACGAAAUUAGCUGCUAAAGACCAUAAUGUCUGAGCUGAUUAAUCUUAGAAAGGCACGUGCAGCUAUUGUAGGUUGAAUUUGUUCCAUCAUAAAUGAACAAGCAAAUACCGGUAAGCGCACACCACCUAAAUAUGAAUGUCAAAAAGGUGUACUCAUUUUUAUAGGCUUAUUGUUGUAAUUUGUGAUGAGGGGAAUUUGAGAAACAAUAAAAGAAUUAAUAUAGAUUACCGAUACAUUGAAUUGCAGCAAAUUUCAAUAACUGUUUACAUCAUUGUACAUAAAUAUCACAGUUUAGCUCAUGUAAAUCAUGUAAAUACUGUCUAUGAAAUCAGUUUGUACUCUGAACAGUAAGUUUUGUACAUCAAAUUCACUUGAUAGCAUGGCUACCAAUAAAUUGAAAACUGUUACAGUUGAUUUAUAACAGUAAUUUCUUCUGAUAAAUAGCUUAUGUUAGGCUCUCAGUUUCUUGGUAUUUAAUGUUCAUUUGUAUUCCAUAACAACACUUGUGAUUUCAUGCAUGCACUUCAGUAUAUAUUCGUCAACAGAUCUGUAUGAUUGUCUUUUUUGAAAAUUGUUUGUUGUUUUUUUUAUAAUUUUGUUGACAACUUAAAUGUCUAACCAUCAUUACCACAAUCAAUUACUUUUCAUAUUUCCCUAUUAAUUAACUUGCAAUAAAUAAAUAAAUGUUUUUAUUUUUUUAUUACGUGUCAUUGUUAAUGUAGGAUGGAUAGCCUUUAACCCUUUGCAUGCUGGGAAAUUUGUCAUCUGCUAAAAUGUUAUCUGCAGAAUUUCUAAAAUUAGCAUUUUCUUCAUUUUUUUCCAAGAAUACUAUCAGAAUAGCAAACAGUUUGGAUCCUGAUGAGACACCACGUUCUGUGGCGUCUCAUCUGGAUCCAAACUGUUUGCAAAGGCCUUCAAAAUUCGGUUCCAGCACUGGAAGAGUUAAAUAAACUUCAGGUAAACACGUACAUGUUGAAACAAAGCAGCAUAUAUGUGCAAGACAUUUCAAACAUGCUGUACCAUUGCUGGCCAUUAUAACCAUUUUGUAAAAACAAAAUUGAUUAAAACAUGUAAAAUAGUAAGUGCUUGUAUUUUAAGUGUAAAUACACAUUUCUUACAUUUGUAAUAUAUCUUCUUUUUGUACUCAAACUGUAUGUAAAUUAUAUAUAUAUCAGUAAUAAAAAUGUUUUCUACAAAUGUACGAACA